AUGCCAGAGUUGUUUUUACCCACUUUUCAACAAAUAUCAUCUCCCGAGUUAAUUGAUUUUAAGCCUCCUCCUCGUAUACUUAUUGAUGAUACUCUUGGCAAACUUCAAUCAUUUAUGGAUUGGCUUCUAUAUCAUCCUUUACUUAAAAGACAUGAUUUUGUCCUUUCUUUUGUUCGAUCAUCUUCAGACGUGGAAAAAUCGAGCCUUCUUGAUAAUUCAUUUUCUAGAAGACAACUUUUACUGGAAAAAAUGAAUGAUACGCCUCUUUCAAACAAUAACAUGAUGAAUAGUAAAGAUGAAGAAUAUUUUUUGAAAUACACUGAAGACUUAUUGAUGCCUUUGAAAACUCAUUUUUUAAGUUUAUUGAUAAAUUGUAUAAAGUUUAUUUAUUCUGGUUUAGAGUUGGAGAAAGGGUUUGAGUUGUUUUCGCGAAGCAUCUUUGAGGCAUCCUCUCAACAAUUAGAUAUGUUCUCUUCUAAUCCAUUAGCUUUAGAGACAAUUUAUGUUUGCAGUAACGUUAUAUUUGAAAAAAAUUAUGUUUCCCCUUGGAGCGAAUUUAUGAAAGUGUGUCGAAUGUUAUAUACAAUCAUGGAUGGAAUACUUCUCUCUUUACAACGACCCUUUACACUUAUUAAGCAAAGACAUGUUAUAAAAGAGAGUAUAGAGGUACAAAAAGAAUUACUUGGCAAAUCAAAAGGCUGGCAUGAUAUAUUUUCAACAAAUGAUAGAAAAAGACAAAUAGAAUUAGAUAAAGAUAAAAUAAUAAAGAAAAUAAAUGAGCUCAAUAGCUUAGACAGUCAAAUACAACAAUCACAUAAAAUAAUAUCAGAUGAAUUAGCUCAUUUUCAAGAUAUUCACCCGAAAAUAAUGAUUAAAGCAAUUCGAAGAUUAGUUAAAUCGACACUCAGGAUGGAGAAAAAUAAACUUCAUGUUCUCAGUCAAACUUUAACAAAAUGGGAAAAGCCAUUACCAUCUUUACCAAUAUAA